AUGCUAGCACCGAGAUGGUUAGGAAAACUGUUGCUAGGGGGGUUGCUACUUGCAUCUGCCUGGGUUACCACCAUUGCAUAUCCUGAGCUUUGCCAACCAGAUGCACAGAAUGCUUUCAAAGUACGGCUUAGUAUCAAAACAGCUCUAAAGGAAAAAGCAUAUUGCUGGGAUGCUACUGAAGAAUAUCUAUUUAAAGCAAUGUUAGCUUUCGCUAUGAGAAGAUAUUUGAAUCAAGAAACAACCCAAAUUUCCAACAUAUUGCUGUGCAAUGUUACCAGUCGGGUAUCAUUUUGGUUUGUAGUCACAGAUUCAUCCACAAAUAUAACAACUAUUCCCAGGAGUGAUGUGGAAGCAGCCAUAAGAAUGAAUAGAAACCGGAUCAACAAUGCCUUUUUAUUAACCGAUGACACACUGCAGUUCUUGGAAAUUUCAUCAACUUUAACUCCACUGGUUGAGCACCCUCUGCCCACCUGGAUGAUUGUAUUUGGUGUUGUUCUUGGCAUCAUUGUGAUUGGAAUUAUUUUAGUUGUAUCUUCUGGGAUUUAUCACCGCAAGAGACAUAAUAAGAAUCCUGAAGAAACAGAAGAUUUAGAUGAUAAAUGUGAAGCAGCCAUAACAAUGGAAAAUAGAAUUCCCUGCCAUACUUUAGAUUUAAAAGUUGGACAGAUUAAUGGAGUCUAUGCAGCAGCAGAUGACGAACGGUUUACACCCUUAUGAACAUAAAUGGAUGCUGUUUCUCAGUCUCUUUCUGAGACUCUGCCCUCCUUUUAUCUGGCUGUUACUGCUGAUUAUCAAUAACAAGAAAAUUAUGUACUUUGCCUUUUUCUUUUCUUUUUUGUCCUUUGGAGCAUUUCUUUUGAUAAGCAUGCUUAUAUAGUGAUAUGCCUGAGUUUCUCGUUCAAAGGCAGCGUUCUUCGUGAAAACAUGUAAAUGACUAAUACAACUUCCAAUGUUAACUGCUCUUUGGAUGCAUCAAAGAUGUAAGGCCAAAGAUGCUUUCUUAUUAUUAUUAUUUAUUCAUAUAUUCACCCUUUCUAUUAUUUUAUGGCAGGAAAAACGUGAGCUGCUUUCUUCCAGUAUACAAGCCAACUUUUGCCACCACAGGAUUCUAUUUACUUCAUUGGGCACCAAAGCACGAACAAAAUAUAAUUGUGAAAAAUUGAUAGAAAAAGAACAAAUGGUAUGCUUAGGCUGUGUUUACAAUCACUUCUUGGACACCUGAAGGGCUAUUAUAGUUGUCAUUACAAAAUAUAUUCUCCCACUACGGUUCUUUGCUCAAACUAACUGGGCAAAGUUUUACAGUGUUUCAGUAAUUAAGAGUUUUUGUCCAGCAAUGAUGUAACAAGUGUGCUUCUUUUGGCAUAUUCUAUCGGGGCACCAAUUGGAUGAUAAAAAGUGGAAGAUCUAAAGUACUGAAGGUUAGGAUAAUAGGACAUUCAGGAAUCAAAGUUCAAUAUUAAGAGGGGAAUAUGUUAUAUUUUGGAUUUCUGAGCAAUGGAUUAUAACAGACUUAAGAAUCCUAGUCUCUUAAAAUUCAAAAACUGAGAAAAAGUCACACAACUAAUAACAAGGAGGGGUGGGGAGGAGGGCAGAAUCUGUUAUGAACUAAUA